AUGAGCAGCUCAAUCGCCAGUCAGCGUGACGGGAAGCAGCUCCCGGUCCUCAUCAUCGGUGCAGGCAGCUGUGGCCUGGCUCUGGCGAACGGUCUCAAGAACGCUGGAAUUCCCUACCGUAUCUUUGAGAGGGAAGCCCCCGGGACCCUACGGCAUGGCCGUGACUGGGCGCUAGCCUGUCACUGGGCGGCUCCCAUGCUCGAGCAGCUGGUCGGCCCCGACCGCUGGCCGCACGUCCUCAAGGCCCAGGCAGACCCGACGCUGCCCGUGCCGGGCGCCGACUACGUCAAGAUCCUCGACGGCGCGACGGGAGAGACGGUCAACGAGUUCCCCUUCCACGGCAUCUACCGGUUUCUCCGCAGCAAGCUCAGGGCCUUCCUGGCCGAGCCGGUCGUGGUCGAGCACGGCAAGACUCUCGUGCGCUUCGACAUCAACGACAAGAGCGCAGACCAGAGCGGCACCAGCAGCAGCAGCAACACCGUGACGGCCAUCUUUGACGACGGCACAGCUGUCGAGGGACGUCUCCUUGUCGGCGCCGACGGCAGCAAGAGCCUCGUGCGCGGCAGCCUGCUCCUUUCCUCCCCGCAGGCCUCCAGGAACAACCGGCUCCCCUUUGCCGCGACCUUCAUCGCCGCCUCGUAUACUCGCGAGCAGGCUCUCUUCCUGCGCUCGUACCACCCGCUGUUCAACGUGGUGCUGCACCCGCACGGCAUGGUGGGCAUGCUGGCCCUGCUCGACGCGCCCGACCCGGACAAGCCAGAGGACUGGGUGUUCCAGUUCUACAUCUCCUGGGCCUCGAGCCCUGAAGAGCAGGACGCCGAGGCGGCCCAGCAGGGUAUGGCGACCAAGAAGGCGCGGUGGGAGCAGGUCAUGGCCAAGAGCGCCGUGUACGGCCAGCCCCUGCGCAGCGCGUUCGACUGGCUCCAGGAGCGCAUGCAGGACGGGCAGGGCGACGACAGCGUUGGCGUAUUCUACGGCGGUGUGUCCAACUGGGACCCCAGCGCCGAGGGCCACGUCUGGGAUAACCGUGGCGGCCUCGUCACUCUUGUUGGCGACGCUGCGCAUCCUAUGACCUACCACCGUGGCCAAGGUCUCAACCACGCCAUUGCCGAUGCAGCUGAGCUGUGCAAGCUUCUGUCGUCGUCGUCGUCGUCUGCUACCGCAGCAGCAGCAGGAGAAGGUGGAUCGCAGCAGCAGCAGAAAGAACUGAUCGAUGCGUACGAAGCCGAGAUGCGCACGCGGGCAGGCGAGGAGGUCCGGCUGAGCGAGAUGAACACGCGCAUGCUGCACGACUGGGACAAGGUGCAGCACAGCCCGCUCGUCAAGAAGGGUGUCGUGCAGGCUCGGGCGGAGGAGGACGAGUCCAAAUGA